AUGGCUCUCUCAUCCUCUUUUGUGUACUUCAUUCUAGCUGCGUUCGCACUCAAGAAGCUGGCGGAUGUCCUGUCUUCGAAGGGGAAGCGGGCGCCUUAUCCCCCUGGCCCGAAGCCAUUGCCUCUGAUUGGAAACGCACUCGACUUCCCAUCGGAGAAAUUCGCCCAGAACUAUGCCGACUGGGCAAAGAAAUACGAUAGUCCUAUUGUACACGCCGAGUCACUGGGAAAUCACGUUGUCGUCCUGAAUAAACUCGAGGAUGCGAUCGAGCUCCUUGAAGUCCGCGCAAAGUUAUAUUCUGACAGACCUACUUUACCGAUCUUCCCUCUAAUGGGAUGGGACUUCAAUGUUGCAUUGAUGCCAUACGGCGACAUGUGGAGACAGCAUAGGAGAAUCUGCCAGCAGAAUUUCAACCCACAGGCAGUCCGCAAGUACGAGUCUCUCCAGACAGAGAAAGUACAGCGCUUCCUUCGAUCUCUGCUUGAGACACCCCAGGACUUUGAAACGCACAACAAAAUCUUUUCUGUUUCUCUCACUACCUGCAUGAUGUACGGCUAUGAUAUCAAGUCAGUCGACGACCGGGUUAUCGAAGUCGCGGAAGAGGGCAACGUUAUCGGAGGCCGCCUCGUCGUGCCUGGAGGAAGUCUCAUCAACAUCUUCCCCUUCCUCAAACACAUCCCCGCAUGGUUCCCCGGUGCCUCCUCUCACAAGGCAGCUGUAGAGUGCAAGAAGCUCACAGAAGAGAUGAUGCGAAUUCCAACGGAUUUCGUCAAGAAGAGCUUGGCUGAAGGCACCGCUGUACCUUCUUUGGUUACUGAUUUCUACGAGAGGAAGUACGCCGUUGGCGCUUCAGAGGAAGAGGAAGAGUUGAUCAAGAACGUCGCAUACACUGUAUAUGGAGCUGCAUCGGACACAACAAUCUCAGCCUCCAACACCUUCAUUUGCCAGAUGGUUCUCAACCCCGAUGUCCAGCGCAAAGCCCAGGAAGAAAUCGACCGCGUAGUAGGAUCUAAGCGCCUGCCCACAUUCGAAGACCGCAAAUCUCUGCCCUACCUCGAAGCUAUUUAUAGGGAGGUUCUGCGAUUCAAGCCCCCCAUUCCCAUCAGCGUCGCACAUGCCGUCACUGAAGACGAUCACUACAAGGGAUACCUGAUCCCCAAGGGAACCGUUGUCUACCCUAAUAUCUGGGCUAUGUCGCACGACGAGGAAGUUUACACUGAACCUUUCGCGUUCAACCCGGACAGGUUCUUCGAUGAGAACGGCAAGUUGAACGAUGAUGACAGGAUCUUGGCCUAUGGCUUCGGUCGCAGAAUCUGUGUGGGCAAGUCCGUCGCUAGCACCUCUCUGUGGCUUCAAAUGGCAACAACCCUUGCCUGUUUCACCAUGUCCAAAGCCAAAGACGCCAACGGCAAAGAAAUCGAGGUCGACACCAAUUACGAAGAGUCAGGCCUGCUGAUCCGUAAAGAGCCAUUUGCCUGCUCGUUCACCGUCCGCUCUCCCGCUGCUCGUAAACUCGUUCUGGAUCCAAACUAG